AUGAAGUUUGGGUUCUUUUCGUCAGACUACAGUGAUCAAGGGACGGCAGAUGAUGGAAGCUGGAAGUUUUGUGGGCUUGACAAGUCGCAGCGCAUGUUUGCAUUUGGCGGUUGUUUCGUUGCAGGCGCUCUGUUGUCUAUCUUGUCAACCCUGAUUCUUUUGGUGGGCAAUGUUGUUGCUUUUUGUAUUAUCUAUAGCUGUGGCAAUAUCAUUUCCUUGUUCAGUUUAACGUUUAUUAUUGGUAUUCCCAAGCAAAUCAAAACCAUGUUUGCCCCAGUUCGUUUUUGGGCAACUGUUACUUACAUCGUACUGCUUAUUUUGACACUUGCCAUGUCCAUCUGGUUGAAGAACUUUGCAUUGUCGAUUGUCUUGGUUUGUAUCCAGUUUGCUGCCCUUGUUUGGUAUUCAGCAAGUUAUAUACCUUACGGUCGUGAAAUUAUCCGUCGUUUCUUUGGAAGCUGUGUAACUUCCAUUUAA